AUGCCGAAGAGUUACAGGAAUUACUCCAAAACGGCUAGGAACCCAAAGCGUCCCUUUGAAAAGGAACGUUUAGAUCAAGAGUUGAAGCUAAUCGGUGAAUAUGGACUUAAGAACAAGAGAGAAAUAUGGAGAGUUCAAUACCUGUUAGCCAAAAUCCGAUCAGCUGCUAGGUACCUGUUAACCCUAGACGAAAAAAGCUCCAAGAGAAUAUUUCAAGGAGAGGCCCUACUAAGACGAAUGGUGCGUCAAGGAUUACUAGGAGAAAAUGAAGAAAAGCUGGAUUAUGUGUUAGGGUUGACUUUACCAAAAUUGUUGGAACGAAGAUUGCAGACAAAGGUUUUUAAAUUAGGGUUAGCCAAGUCAGUACAUCAUGCAAGAGUACUAAUACGACAGAGACAUAUCCGAGUGGGCAAACAGAUGGUAGAUAUUCCUUCGUUCUUAGUUCGUGUCGACUCUGAAAAGCACAUUGAUUUCUCCACAACGUCUCCCUUUGGAGGUUCCAGACCAGGAAGGGUCAAGAGAAAGACUUUGAAAAACCAAAAGGAGAAAAAUGAGGAGGAAAAUAACUGA